UUUCAUGGGCUCCAGAGUCCAUGUUAUGGAUUCCCAAAACACCUCCCUCCCGACUGUAUGCCACUGUACCGCCACCGCUACUGGGUUUGUCCUGCCGGUGGUCCAAGAGCUGGUGGAAAAAGCGUCCGACUGUCAGAUUCUCUCCGUGUGCCCUGACAUCAAGUGGCAUUUUAUUGGACACCUGCAAAAAAACAAUGUCAACAAGCUGAUGGGUGCCCCCAACCUGUUCAUGAUUGAGACCAUUGACUCCAUCAAACUUGCUGAUAAAGUCAACCAGUCCUGGCAGAAGAAGCAAGCUCCUCAGAGGUUGAAGGUGAUGGUACAAGUCAACACCAGUGAGGAAGACAGCAAGCAUGGGCUUUCUGUGGAGCAGACCGUGGAUAUGGUCAGGCACAUCCUCAGCAACUGCCCCUGCCUGGAAUUUGUCGGGCUGAUGACUAUCGGAAGGUAUGGCUAUGACCCGAGCCAGGGUCCCAAUCCUGAUUUCCAGGUGUUGGUAGCUCGUCGUAAGGAACUUUGUGAUCAAUUAAACCUGCCUCUGGAAACAGUGGAACUAAGCAUGGGCAUGUCAACAGACUAUGAACACGCUAUCGAAUUGGGGGCGACCAAUGUAAGGGUCGGAAGCACCAUCUUCGGAGAACGGACUUAUCCCAACAAGUUGGGCACGGAUGAGGCCUCAAAGGAGACUGGGCAGCCAGUGGAAAUAGCAGGCGGACUGAUUGCCAAGGCACCUUGAUGUAAAAGCCAGGUGGAAGGGAGAGGACCAGCUCCCUUUCCACCCUUCACAUGCUCUUUUAAUCAAGUCUCGCACAGCAAUCCCUAGCAUUUUUAAAUGGUACAUUUCAAAGGGAUUUGUUUUUGAUAUUUGCUGCAUCAUGUUGGGUGAGAGUGCUGGAGUCCUCAGCCUUUCCACCCUUUAACAGAGUAAUACACUGAUAAUGAACUGGAACAACAACCAGAUGCUUGCACUAUUAAUCAAUGAAUCACAAAUUGAUUCAAGACAGGUGGUGGCAGUUCGGCCCAUUGAUCUUGUGAUGGCUCUGAAAGCACUGCCUAAUGAAUUCUAGUUUCCUGCUCUUCCUCAUCGUCCUGUGAACUAUUCCUUUUCGUGUGUUUCAAAAGUCACAACUGAAUCUGCUUCCACCACCUUUUCUUGUAUCUGAAAUUAAUACAGGUAGUACAGUAAAUAAAUACAAAAAGAUAAGCCCCUCUCCCCUCUGCUUCUUCAGCCAAUCACUUGCAAUUGGUGUUGUCUGGUAAAGUUGCUUCUCUGCUUUGACUCCAUUUGUGAAUAAGUUCAGUCCACUUUAAAAAUAUAUGUCAAUAUUCCUGCAAAUAAGAAGGUGGUCUCAAUGAGAAGGGAGAUGAAGCUGUCAGAUGGUCUGAUAAAUUGAGUUGGUUUCCAGUGUCCUGUAGGUGAUAGGGACCUGCCCUUGAAAUGAUGCCAACACAUGAUGUUAGUCGUACACCAUGAAAUGGCCAAGCAAGUUUCUGCCUUCUCUCACUGUCGUCUUCUCAAGGGGAAGUUAGAGACGAGGACCAAAUGUGGACCUUUUUGGCAAAAUUCACAACCCAAAAUUGUGUCAAAGCAUAGUUCUUUUGAAUUUGAAUUCGACCACUCUGUCAGAGCAAUGAAACUGGAGAGUGUGAUUUGGACCAAGCUCUUGACUUCCACCAUCUGUAGUCAUCACUGCCAGGUUCCCCUCCCCUUCUGUACCACCACUCCUUCACUGUUGGGGGAGAACCCUUUAAGUAACUACUCCAUCUGAUUGCACUGGUUUAAGAAGGUGCCUUACCUGAAGAAGCAACUGGGAAUGGCCUUGUCUUUAAUACCUAGCACCAACCUAUGUUAGCUUCCAGUCUGGUGAUGUCUCCAUUCUUAUCCCAAAGUUCUUGCACUGCCUCACCAGCCUGUACAUUCUUGCAUGAGCCUUGUGUUCCUCUGACUUUGGCCUGAUGCACCUUCCCUUUCCACUCUCUUUGCCCCAUUAUUGACAGCUGUAACUUGGGCAUGAAGCUCUGAAACCCAUUCCCUCGAUCUCCCCUCUCUCUCUGUUCUUGUGCUCUCGCUCUCAACCUCUCUCGCUGACACUCCUUAAAGCCUUUGACCAUGCUUCGGCCGACCUGUCCUGACAAUACUACUAAUGGCUUUUUGUUAUUUUGUCUGAUGUCCCUGUGAAGCACCUUGGAAUCUUGCACUGUGUUCAAAAGGUUCUAUGUAAAUGGAAGUUGAAUAAAUGAACUGUUGACGAUUGA